GGAAAACUCGUAUGCAAGCUUCGUGACAGUCUUAUAUACAGAAUGAAAGGGAAUUUCCGACGGGCGUUAGCAUUCCGUUGGCGUUACCAUUUGUUUCAUGGUCAUCUCUCCCAACCAUCCCGAGCCAUGCAGUGACGUCUCCGCGAAGCCGGUCAUUGAGUCAGCAGCUUUAGUCGUCGCUUGGCCGCUCAGCCGUGCAUCACAGUUAUCAGUGGCAUUAUAUAUUUGAUUAUGUCUUAUCUUUUCCGAGCCAUACCGUGACGUCCUACAAGCAGCACCUUGCCACAACCUUGCAUGUCUCUCGAUGAAUUUCCGGAAAAUCAUCCUGAAGACAGUUGGUGUGAUGCUAUCUAGUUUCGGGAUUCUUCUGAGUCUGCUGGCUAUGUCCAUUCAAACACUAAUACCAUCCGUGUUCGUGUUUUGGACAAUAGCUCGUCGUGUUAAGCGACCCGUUCCCGGGCCAGUUGCUUCACCGGCUCCAUCCUCUCCACUAUCGACCAGGUCAAAUAAUAUCAUGCAUAGCAGCAUAGUUGAUGGGGAGGUACCGCAAAGUCAUGCGCGUGUGGAUUUACCAGCCUCUCCGAUGCCUGCAACGGAACUGCCUGUUCAACGGUCUAAUCGCGGUGAAGUCUCGGAAGCCCACAAAGUUUUCAAGAGACAUUCCCUUUCAGUUUCCCCGUCUUUUAAUGCAUGUCGGACAAUAGCUUCGUCGAAGCAAAGAUUGACACACCUCAAAGGCAGAAAUUCUACAGGGUCAUUUUAUCAAUCUCGUCCUUCGAAAAACCCAGACCCACCAUUACGAACACAGCCUUACGCAGCGCCAUACUUCUUUCCAGCACCUGGGACACCUGAAGCUAUUGAUUAUGUGACGAAGACGCGAGAAGAGCUUUUGCAGCCUUCCGGAUUUAUGCACACCAGUGCUUUUACUCUCAAGAGGAAUAAGAGAACCUAUGAAGGGGUUGAUGGCAUACGAUAGGAGUGUUGAUAAGAUAAGAUAAAUAAUGAAUUGAAUUGACCGUUCCGAAGAUUC